AUGAGCCGGCGUGCCGAGGUCGCAACCCGCAGCAAGGCGGCGGCGAUCCAUGAGAUGCUUGUCGCCAAGACCCCCGGCCGCGCCUCGCUGGAUGGCCCGGAGCGCGAGAGCCUCCUGCCCGACGCGUCGUUUGAGAGCUCGCGCCGCGACGGCGGUGGUGGCGGCGGCGGCAGCGGCGGCGGCGGCAAAUGGAUUGCUCCGGCAUCGGACCUGGCGGGAAGCUGGACGAUCCUCAGGAGCAGCUGGCUGAACCUGCUGAUCUUCGCGGCGCCCCUGGGCCUGGCGGCAGAGUCGCUGGGAUGGGGGCCCUCGGCAACGUUCGUGCUGAACCUGUGCGCCCUCGUGCCCCUGGCGCUGCUGCUGGGGUGCGUCACGGAGGACCUCUCCCUGCGGCUGGGCCAGAUCGUGGGCGGCCUGCUCAACGCGACCUUUGGAAACGUGGUCGAGAUCAUCCUGUCGAUCGCGGCGCUGCAGAAGGGGCUCUACCAGGUCGUUUCCACGUCCCUCCUGGGGUCAGUGCUCUCAAACAUGCUCAUGGUGCUGGGCAUGUCGUUCUUCCUCGGAGGCAUCAAGUUCAAGACCCUGCGGUUCAACAGCCUGGCCAGCCAGUCCAGCGUGUCGCUGCUGCUGCUGUCCGCCAUCUCCAUAGUGCUGCCCACGGCCGCGCUGCACCUGUCAAUGGGGGGGCCGGACGCGGAGCACCUGUCGAAUGACAAGUGA